AUGCAAAAAGAAAUCCAAGCUGAGUCUGGGAGCCAGAACACAGGAAACCCAGAUGAAAAUCCCAAUCCAUGGAUAGAACAUUACUUCAACCACAGGUGCUACAUCACCUUUCUGACCGGCUGCUAUAGUUGCCACUGGCAAUACAGAGAGUGGGAAAAAACAGAACUUGGAUCCUGUUGUUGCUCCAAGAAAGAGCUAUUCUCUUUUAUGUGCGUGGUAGUUUCAUUCAUCUUGUCUGUGAUUUUUCUGUUCGUGUGGGCAGAAACCUCCAAUGAAUACAACGGCUUUGACUGGGUCGUUUAUCUAGGGACAGGACGCUGGUUCUUCUGGUCCAUUGUUAUGCUGAGUGUAGCUGGGAUCAUGGCUGCCUAUACUUCUUUGCUUUUGUUACUUGGGGUUUUGUUGCUGUGGGAAAGGAUUGAACUAAACCUGCAUACAUCUCAUAAGGUCUUCAUCUUGCUGACAAUUCUGCUGGUCUCCUUCUUGUUGUGUCUGUUAAACCGAUACUGGAAGGACAAGUGGCUGAUAGCGGGGCUGUCCCUGCAGAUCUUUGCUCCCUUCGUGCACCUGAGCCUCAUAACUGUGAUGAUUAUCAUUUCCUGGCCUCUAGCCAUCUGUAUGGCCCACUUGGAAUCAGAAAUUAAAAUAAGAACAUACAGGAUGACAGACUUUGAACACAAAACCCUGGAGAGAUGUAAUAUAUUCACAAGGUUAAAAGCUCUACAAGUAAUUGCUGGAUUGCCCUUCCUUGUUAUUCUUUUAUGUCUUUAUUUGAUGCCACUGGGAAUUUAUUCUCCCUGCGUUCUGAAAAAGGAGAACUUAGGGCCUAAGCCUGUCUUCUUUGGACAUAGAGGCGCACCCAUGUUGGCGCCAGAGAAUACCAUGAUGUCCUUUGAGAAGGCCGUUGAAUAUGAUGCCUCUGGCCUAGAGACAGAUGUAUACGUAAGUUUUGAUCAUGUGCCUUUCCUCAUGCAUGACUAUGACCUGACUAGAACAACCAAUAUCAGAGAGGUCCUACCAUCAGCUGCUUAUAACCACACUGCUAGCUUCAAUUGGACUUUCCUGUCAACUCUGAAUGCCGGCAAAUGGUUCAUAAAGCAUAAGCCAUUUUGGGGCAUGAAAUCUUUAUCAGAGGCUGAUAAAAAAAGAGCCAGCAACCAGUCAAUUGCACAGCUGGCAGAGUUAUUGGAACUGGCAAAAAAGGAGAAGAAGUUUGUGAUAUUUGAUCUUUUUGGCCCUCCACCAGGACAUCCUCUCAGAAAUACAUUUGUUCGAAGAGUAGUAAAGGUCAUCCUUGACUCUAAAAUUGAGCAGCGUCUGAUAUUUUGGUUGCCAGGUCAUGAUAGGGACUAUGUCAGGUCCAGGGCUCCUGGUUUUCAGCACGUGGGCCGUUUAUGGUCCAAUGACCGUCUUACAAAAGAGAACAUCACUAUAAUAAAUGUUGACUAUAAGAGGCUGUUCCACAGGGGGCUGAGACACUACAUGGCAGCUAAAAUCCACAUCAACUUAUAUGUCAUCAAUGAGCCGUGGCUCUUCUCUCUGGCCUGGUGUUCUAGGAUCAACUCUGUGACCACAGACAACAUUGAGCUCCUGCAGCACCUUAGUCACCCUCUCUUCUUCAUGACACCAGGGUACUACACAUUCAUGUGGAUUUUCAUGGAUGUUGCUUCUGCGAUUAUCAUUGGUUUCAUAUUUUAUUAUCACUGGAUGAAAGAGCUUAAAAAACAGAGGUGGCUGGAAGCUGCUUCCCCUGCAUCUACAGUGUCCCUGGGUGAAUCUCCUUCAGGCUUCACUCUCUCCAAACGCUCACCCUUGUACCCCUAUUUCCUGCCUCAGCUACAGGCCAAUCAGCUGGCUAUCAACAGGUGA